AUGUCUGAUAAAAGCAAAUUAUCAUAUUAUUUCUUAAAAAAACCAGAUAAUUUAGUACAAGAAUCAAAUAGUACACCUCAACGUACAACAACAAAUUCAGAAAUUGUGAAUAUUAAUGAAACGAUCGUGUUGACUGAAUUUCUUGAUGCAUCAUCACCAUUAUCCUCAUCAACAAGUUUAAUUCUUCAUGAUC